AUGUCUACACAAAUCCCAAAGACUCAAAAAGCCAUCAGAAUCCACGAAAGUGGAGGAUGGGACGUUUUACGUUAUGAAGAUGCCCCAGUCCCAGAAAUCAACGACGACGAAGUUUUGAUCAAAAACAAAUAUGCUGGUAUCAAUUUUAUUGAAAACUACUUCAGAACUGGGUUAUAUCCUGCUCCCAAACCUCAAACCCUUGGUAGAGAAGCUUCAGGUGUUAUUGUUGCUAAAGGUAAGAAUGUUAAAGAAUUUGAUAUAGGUGAUAAUGUGGCUUAUGCUUCGCCAGCAACUUUUGCUCAAUACACCAAAUACAAUCCAGCUAUAAGAAUUUUCAAACUACCAAAAGAUGCGUCAGAAGAGAAACUUCAAUUAUAUGGUGGGUUAUUCAUUCAAGGUUUCACUGCCUUAACGUUUAUUACUGAGGCAUAUGAUGUUAAAAAAGGUGAUUAUAUCUUAGUCCAUGCAGCAGCUGGUGGUGUUGGUUUAAUCUUGACCCAAUUGAUUAAAGCUCGUGGUGCUCAUGUCAUUGCUACGGCUUCAACAGAUGCAAAAUUACAAUUGGCUAAAGAAAAUGGUGCUGAAUUCUUAAUCAACUCUAAAACUGAGGACGUUACUAAAAAAGUUUUGGAAAUCACUAAUGGAAAAGGUGUUAUUGCAAGUUAUGAUGGUGUUGGUAAAGAUACUUUUCAAAUCUCAUUAGACUCUUUAGCAAGAAAGGGAACUUUAAUCUCAUUUGGUAAUGCAUCUGGCGCUGUCCCGCCUGUUCCUUUAACAGCUUUGAACCCAAAGAAUUUGAAACUAUUGAGACCUACCGUCUUCAACUAUAUUGCUGACAAAGAGGAAUGGGAUUUUUAUUCCAAAGAACUUUUCGAUCUUGUUGAAUCUGGGAAAUUAAAGCUUGAUAUAUCAAAAAUCUAUCCAUUAAGUGACUACAGACAAGCUGCUGAAGAUUUAGAAAGCAGAAAGACCACUGGUAAGUUAUUGUUGGAAAUUCCUCAAUGA